GGGGGGCGGAGUCAUUUUCGUGUUGACUGACUCCCAUCAAAUAGCUGCCUGCCUAUUCACAUUACCCCCAUUCAAACAUUUUCAGGCGAAAAUCUGGAAAAUUAACAGGAAUUGGUGAUUUGGCGCUAAUAAUUUCACGAUUUCGCCGCUGGCUGAUUUGUUGGACGGAUUUUUGUCGAUUGGUUUCGUUUUCGUUGGGUGCGGUUUUGGAUCGAUAGGUUUUGAGUCAGCUUCUUUAUCCGAGCCUGUAUAAUAGUGAGAAAGCCUUCUUCGAUUGUCACGAUUAAAGGUGAAUGGCCUCAAUUAGUGUAGCUCCCCCUAAUGGUGUAAGAGACCCUGGUCGUAAUCCUGGUGGACUGGAUAAAUUGCCAGAUGAGAUGAAUGAGAUGAAACUCAGGGAUGACAAGGAUGUGGAACCGGCUGUUGUAGAUGGUAAUGGAACAGAAACUGGUCACAUAAUUGUGACCACAAUCGGGGGCAGAAAUGGUCAGCCAAAGCAGACAAUCAGUUAUAUGGCUGAGCGUAUUGUGGGUCAGGGAUCUUUUGGAGUAGUGUUUCAGGCCAAAUGUCUAGAAACGGGUGAAACUGUUGCCAUAAAAAAGGUUCUUCAAGAUAAGAGGUACAAGAAUCGUGAGUUGCAAACCAUGCGUCUCCUGGACCACCCCAAUGUUGUGUCUUUGAAGCAUUGUUUCUUCUCGACGACUGAGAAGGAUGAGCUUUUCCUUAACUUGGUGCUGGAAUAUGUUCCCGAGACUGUUCAUAGGGUAAUUAGACAUUACAACAAGAUGAGUCAGAGGAUGCCAAUGAUAUAUGUUAAACUUUAUGCCUAUCAGAUUUUCAGAGCACUUGCUUAUAUCCAUGGCAGUGUUGGAGUGUGCCACAGGGAUAUUAAACCACAAAAUUUAUUGGUCAAUCCACACACACAUCAGGUGAAGUUAUGUGAUUUUGGAAGUGCAAAAGUACUGGUCAAAGGAGAACCAAAUAUUUCAUAUAUAUGCUCGAGGUACUAUCGUGCUCCCGAACUCAUAUUUGGGGCAACGGAAUACACUACUGCCAUUGACAUCUGGUCUGCUGGAUGUGUCUUGGCUGAAUUGCUGCUUGGACAGCCCCUUUUCCCUGGUGAAAGUGGAGUUGAUCAGCUUGUUGAAAUCAUUAAGGUCCUUGGCACUCCAACAAGGGAGGAGAUCAAAUGCAUGAACCCCAACUACACUGAAUUCAAAUUCCCCCAAAUAAAAGCCCACCCAUGGCACAAGAUAUUUCACAAGAGGAUGCCACCGGAGGCUGUUGAUGUUGUUUCAAGGCUACUUCAGUAUUCUCCAAACCUCCGAUGCACUGCGUUGGAGGCGUUGGUCCAUCCAUUCUUUGAUGAGUUGCGUGAUCCAAAUGUUAGGCUACCUAAUGGGCGGUUUGUUCCGCCAUUAUUCAACUUUAAGCCUCAUGAGCUCAAGGGCGUGCCAGCAGAGUUAUUGGGGAAGCUGAUCCCGGAGCAUGCGAGAAAGCAAUGCGCAUUCCUUGGACUGUAAUAUAUAAACGUGGUCUUCAAGUUGUGAAAAGGGAUACUAACGAAUUGUAAUAUGUUUGUAACCUCGUUUGAAGUGGUGAUCGUCUCUUGGUAUUCGGGUUUCCUUUCUUGUAUUUAUUAAAAUUUGAUUGUAGCAGCGAACAAGAAGGUUUAAUUAUGUACCUUGUAUCUGACCAUUUUUUGUUUUUUAUUAUGAUUGACGAAACUGUAAUUCUAGUUGAAAUGGAAGAAGCUCACUUGCCUUGUCU